GUCUCUCUCUCUUUCUCUCACAUUUCCCUAUCUCUGUCUCUCGCUUUCUCUAAACCUAUGUUGAAUGAGGGGUGAAUGCUGGAGGUCUGGAGUGUUGACACUGCUCUACAUGAUCAAACAAGCACCCUUUUUUUUGUCAAAAUGAAAGAGAAUGAAAAGGGGGUGGGGAGAAAAAUAUGAAGUAGGAGAAUAAGAAACAUCAGUUGAGCCAGAAUAUAUCUUCACUGUUUUACUUUCAGUUCAUGGAAAGAGUCGAGCCUCUUACACAAAGUGGGAUCUGUGUACGUCAAGGGAGCUGGGCGCUGAAACAUAAAGACAGCGUGUCAUGAUGACAUCAGGGACAGGAGGUGCCUUGACAGCGAAGGAGAGGCCGGUGAGAACCUGACGGACAGCAUAAAGGAGGAGAGGAAGAGGACGAAAAGAUGAGAAAGUGACAGGCUGGAUUCUUGCUUUUGAACGGUGGCAGAAGUACUGAUAGCGACACAGAGACUACACGUCCCAUCAUCCCACAGGCCCAGAUCUGAUUGGAUGGUUUUGUCAGAAUGACUGCCGAAGAUCCUGCUUCUUCCUCAACCAUGAGCAAUAACGCUGCCCCCUCCAAACCCUCCGGUGCCUCCCUCCACUCUCUUCAUGGACAGAUCAACGUCCCUGAGGGGGUUGUAGGUGCUCACAACGAGGCUGCUCUUGUGGCUCUUAUGGAGCGCACUGGUUACACUAUGGUCCAGGAAAAUGGUCAGCGUAAAUACGGCCCUCCUCCUGGAUGGAACGCUGCAUCUCCACCACGGGGAUGUGAAAUCUUUGUGGGCAAGAUCCCACGGGACGUUUAUGAGGAUGAGCUGGUCCCAGUGUUUGAGUCCGUAGGCCGCAUUUACGAGAUGCGGCUCAUGAUGGACUUUGAUGGGAAGAAUCGAGGGUACGCAUUUGUUAUGUACACAGAAAAACACGAGGCCAAGCGGGCUGUACGGGAGCUCAACAACUAUGAGGUGAGACCUGGGAGGCUUUUGGGGGUCUGCUCCUCUGUAGACAACUGUCGUCUUUUCAUUGGUGGCAUUCCCAAGACCAAAAAACGUGAGGAGAUCCUUGAGGAAGUCUCCAAAGUGACAGAAGGGGUACUAGACGUCAUAGUUUAUGCCAGCGCAGCAGACAAAAUGAAGAACCGAGGCUUUGCCUUUGUUGAGUAUGAGUCACACCGUGCUGCUGCCAUGGCUCGCAGGAAGCUGAUGCCUGGACGUAUCCAGCUGUGGGGCCACCAGAUCGCAGUGGACUGGGCAGAACCAGAGAUCGAUGUGGAUGAAGAUGUUAUGGAGACAGUAAAGAUCCUGUAUGUGAGGAAUCUAAUGAUGGAGACCAGUGAGGAGACGAUCAGACAGGUGUUCAGCCAGUGGAACCCUGGAUGUGUCGAACGUGUGAAGAAAAUCCGUGACUAUGCCUUCGUCCACUUUACCUCCCGGGACGAUGCUGUCCUGGCCAUGGACCACCUCAAUGGAACAGAGGUGGAGGGAUCCUGCAUCGAAGUGACGCUCGCCAAGCCAGUUGAUAAAGAGCAGUACUCUCGCCAGAAGGCCUCCAAGGGGGCCUCUGCCACCCCAGAGGCUACUCCGCAGAACUACGUUUACCAGUGUGAUCCUUACACAUUGGCCUACUACGGUUAUCCCUACAACACCCUCAUUGGACCCAACAGGGAUUACUUCGUCAAAGGAUCCCCAAUGAUACAGAACAAUGCAGGUACUGUGCGAGGCCGUGGUCGUGCCGCUGCAGGUAACCGUACCCCUGGACCACGGGGGUCAUACCUUGGGGGUUAUUCUGCUGGUCGUGGCAUCUACAGCCGUUACCAUGAGGGCAAGACCAAGCAGCUUGACAAGCCAUAUGAGCUGAUGCCCAGUCUGGAGCUUGCUGCCUCCGUCAACUCCGUUGGCAUGAAACCUGGCACAAUGGCGUUGCCGGGCUUAGGUGGGCAAUACCCAGUGUUCAGUGCAGCUCCUACAGCUAAACUGAUGGAGGAGGGGAAGGUGCACACAGUGGAGCACCUAAUCAACCCUCUGGCCAUGCAACACCCUGAACACACCACCGCUUCUGCUGCUGCUACAGUGUUGCCUGCAGUCUCCACCCCUCCACCGUUCCAGGGCCGUCCAAUUACUCCAGUCUAUGCUAUGGCCCAUAAUGUACAGCGUAUCCCCACAGCCGGCGCACUGUAUGGAGCUGGAUACGUCCCCAUCGCAAACUACGCUGCCAACACAGCAGCUCUAGCGGCUCUGCAGAAGAAUGCAGCAGUUGCGGCUGCAGCAUAUGGGGGAUACACAGGCUACGCAGUACCACAGGCUUUCCCCGCCGCGGCCUUCCAGCUGCCCAUCCACGACGUCUACCAGACGUAUUGAUCAUGGGGGUCAGACCACAUAAAACAACAAAAUCCCCUUGCAUGUGACUGAACCACCACAGCAACAUAUGUUUAUUGUAACAUGCAGAAGCAUCACUUGAACUACGAGCAUCCAAAAGACUGAAGGAAUGUCAUUUGAAUCAAAUACCUGUCCCUCCUCCUGGCCUCACGGUAUCAUGGACCUGAGGGGACCAUGAGACAUUCUUUAUCAUGCAGCAGCACUGUAUGUUUACUGAAAACAGUGAUGCUGCACACAGAGGACAGUGCCUAAACAACAAGCAUAACCUACAUUUAUGACAGUCACAACUCCAAUCUCUAUCUUUUUCUUUCAAUGUGUCUCUGACCCCUGCCACCUUGGUUCUCUGGCUACAGUAACACUGAAGGUACACUCAAGUAUUUAUGAAGAGAGGAUAGAUAUUUAAGGUUUUAUUCUCUGUAGUUUUGACUCUCAUGGGGAGGGUAUUGUUUCACUCCUGCACAAAUGAAAGAUCUUUACACCAUGUCUUAAAAAUGUGCAAAACUUCAAAGUAAAAAGAGAAAAUUUAAUUGAAAGAAAGUAACCUUGCAACUGGAAGUAUCUACUGACAAGAGAAGAAGCUGAAACUGUCUUUGGAUUAACUAAUGUUUUUUAGUUGUUUUUUUUCAAUAAUAAAUAGUAUUUUAGCCGAUGUGCUGUAGGUGAUGCUGUCCGUCCAUGCUGGUUAAAUGUGUAUGCUUCAAACACGCCUCUUUGGUACUUUUUGGUUCUUUUAGUUUUUAUUUGGUUGUUUUAAAUGAAGGUUUUCAGUGUUUUUUCAUUGGCCUGUAACUAGUUUGCAUUGUUUUUUAUGUCUCCUCUUUAAACUUAAGAGGCUUUUAUCUUGAAGAAAAAAACUUUUCGGCCAAAUGAUAUUGUGACAGAUUCCUUUGGGGAACAAAUACCAGAGAAAGAAAACUGGAAAGCUUUUUAGAUGAUGAGCAACAUGUCUUAUGUACAAACCUGAUGGAGAGCAACAUCAAGUACACUGAGUUGCUACCCAUCCUGAGAAACUGCACCAACAGGGGACUAAGACUGAACAGAUGUUAGUUUUUUUUCUCAUAUGUGUAUUUCUUUAUUGCUUUUUUUAUUGUUUAAGGUGAACAAACAUGGACAGAAAUGAGAGACAUUUUUCUAAAUGGACUAGAGCUCUCUGUCGCUUCCUAAAGUGCUCCUUAUUCUGCCAUUGGCAACCAAAAAGACCUUAAGGCUACAAACACUCCAUUUUCUGUGCCUGAAUACAGUGCCUUACAUCUGCAAACAGUAUGUGCUAAACUUUGCUCUACACUGUGCCUUUUCUUACCAAGUGAAGCCCCUGCGGUUGGCACAUCAAAGUUUGCUCCAUGUAUGUUUCCAGUGAUCUGGAUUUGUGGUAUUACUGUAUCGAGACAAGCAGGUUUCAGUCUCAAGGCUACCUCUCUCCUGUAGUCUCUUCUGGAAUGCUCCUGCAGUAAAACACUCCUCUUUAUUUCUCGUCCUUCAAACUGUGCUUGACCGAGGUGCACUUAAACGUAUUUAUAAAAGGCAAGAGAUUGUGACUUUCAGAAGAAGAGAUAUGACAUUCUGAGUAUGAAUUCAUGUGUGAACUUUCAGUGUCUGUAUAUGUUUUUCUUUGUGGAUAAGGCAAAAACAUACAAAUAUCCAGAUGAAUGUUUGGAAGGCACUUUUUAAACUCUGCAGUGUGUUAGAAACAGGUGUAAUGUUGGACUGGAAUUAACUUGAGAAAUACCUCAAGCUGAAAUAUACAAGUAGCCAUGCAUGUUUGUCACACAACACACAAACAGAGUGUAUGCAGCAACAGCCAUCUUUAAACGAGUGCAGGCAAAAUGUUUGUAUUGCUGGCUUGCAGUUUUGAACUUUUCAAUUUUUUAAAAUUCUAUCUGUUUAAAGGGGAUAUUAUUUGCUCAUAUUCUAUUAUCUCCUCAUAUAUGUGACUACAUUCUGCCCAUAAAACUACACAAGUUCAACAGUGAGGAUAACCAACACUUUGAGAUUGCAGAUGCGGUCAUGUCUCCAUCAUGGCCCCAAGAAAUCAAACAAAAAAAUCCACUCCCCCCCAAAACGGAACUAUUUGCUUGAGUCUCAUCUCACUCUGUUCUACAUUCAGCUGCUUUUCUCCUCUCUGAAACUGGAUUUGAGAUAGAAAAUAAACUGCUGAUAACUGCUUUUAUUAUUUUCUUGUAUGAUGACAAUGAGGAUAUAUUUAAUAUAUGCAUUACAUGUGUUGUCUAUGAAGUGAGAAGAAAAGGUAUAAUAUAUUCUUAAACAUAUUACUUUUCUGUAUUUACACCUUGUUUAGGGAUAACAGUCAGAGUAACAAAAGUAGAGAAAAAUGUUUUUGCGCCAAAGUGUCCAAUAGUUUUUAAAAAUUCAAGGUUAUUGUGUUUUUGUUAUGUGUAAUAUUUGGUUUGCAAUUUUUGAACUGGAUUUGGUGUUAUGAGUGGGGAAUAAAAUGGCUUAUCAGGUUGAACAACACAAUCUGAAAUUGGCCCUUUCUCACAGCCUUUUUUAUUUGACACUUUGAGCUGUGAGAGCUGCAUCUUUGCAUUUCUGUUUGUUGAAAUUGCUAAAAGUCUCAAUUAAAAAUGGUCAUCUAAUUUUUAUGGCAGAAAACAUUUGAGUUCUGCUGCCUCCCACUCAAAACACCUGCUUUGCUUUCUCUUACCUGCAUUUCACCCACACUACAGCCCCUGGUGUCAGUAGUGUGGCGCUUUAUGCCUAGUUUAACAUAGGUGUUACCAUUUUAAAAAUCUUCCUAGUGUGCCUUAUUGCCAAGAUGUGCCCUUUGCUUUUCCUUUGUAGACUGAUGCAGACUGUUUUCUAUCUGAAGGUUUGUUAAAAAAAAAAAAAGAAUCUUGUUCGGUAUUGUUAUAUUUAUAGUGAUAAGUAGAUAAAUAAAGCAUUUUCAAAAGAA